AUGUCUUCUGGCGGUGGCACCGCAACCCGCUCCGCCCGUGCUGUGACCCUCUGCAUCCCUGCGGAGACGAAGGCACAGGAGGAUGGCAAUGCGGCAAGGCGGACGCGAAGAUGCGUGGGCUUGUCUGUGCGUAACACUCCAUCUGCUGCCGUGGCUGCAACGCCCUUCAUCAGCGAUGUGUGGGCGCAGCAGGAGCGACGGAACCAAGCGCUGCGGCGCGGUGACCGCGAAUCCGCUGAGGAGGCGGAGGCCACCGCCGACGUGACUUGCAGCAGCUCCCCCGCAUCCGUCAACCACGCAGGAGCUGGGGAGAAGGAUGGGAUGGAUAGCGUUACUGAUCCCAUGGCGGUUCGACACCCUACCCUGCGCUCCCUCACGGAGGAGUACAACCGCCUCUCCACGGAGGACACCGUCGGCUGGAUUGGACUGCAGGUGCACCUACGCCGCCACACGCAGGCUAGCCAGAUCUUUGCCCUGGACCUGACGUGCUGCCACAUGCGUCGCGAUCAAUGGACGUGGUUUACCCAGGAUAUCCUGCCGCAGCUCCGCGCGCUAGAGGUGCUGCGCCUUGUUCAGAUGGACUUGGAGGACGACGAGGUGGCGGAGCUGGUGCGUGGCAGCUGUGGGCUGUCCGCCGCAGCCGACGGCCGCCGCAGCGCGGGUCGAAGCUGUCAGCAAAGCUCUUUGUCUGCAGGUCGCCACAGAGUGGAUAGCAGUGGAGGCGGCAGUGGCAGCGGUGACCCCACCCUGCAGUCCGCCCCACUCGCACACCUGCGUGUGCUGGACCUCAGCGGCAACGCCUUCACUCAACGCAGCUGCACGCAUCUGGGCAAGAUGAUGCUGUGGAUGGCGGGAACUCUGGAGGAGGUGCGCCUGCUGGGGAACCCGCUGAAGGACUACGGCAUGCGGACGCUCUCUGUCUACGUGGCGAAGUUGAAUCUGGAGGCACUCGAGCAGGACCCAUCCCUGUUCCCUGCUGCACUGCGCAGUUACUGCGCGCAGGUGAGCCAGGCGUGUGGCCGCGGGCAUGGGAGGCAGGGCCAGAUGGCAGGCCCAGCGCCAUCGUCUCCGCAGCCGGUCGCCGUUGCCGGCGUCGUGCACGCUGGGUACAGCGAGGACGAGAGCAGAGGCGAUGCCCACCGUUUGGUCGCGGAGCUGCCUCUUGGACCUGUGCUGCUCGACCUGCGCGAUUGCCGUGCCUCGGCACGCGGUCUGUCCGACAUACUUGCCGCUGCCAGUCGUGCGCACCGUCUGCGCACCCUCGUGCUUUCGCACAACGUUGCUGGUGUGACAUCGCUGCUGCCGCUGCCGGCAAGCGCGUACCACGAGGGCGUCAACCUUGCCAAAGAGGAAGCGAUGGAGUCCGAGGAGAGGGAGGCGCGUGCGAGAAGCGGGGAUGGCCGCGGCCCCCUACCCCGACUCCGACCAUUACCGUGCCGGCUGAGGCUGGCCAAGACCCCGCUCGUCUACUCUGGCGCCCUCAUGCGGCGCCAGCACACCGCCUUCAGCGACGUGUCUGGGUUCGCCACAUCGUGUGCUCUCUCCACACUCGUCCUUUAUGGUGUCCCGCUUAGCCAGACCUGCUCGCCUCUGGGAUUCCGCGAGUUGCUGCUCAAUAUCUUCUUCAGCUGUCCGCUGCUCGACCUGGUCGACCUCUCCGAUACGUUCGAGUGGUCUUUGGUGCCACCAGAGGCACAGAGGGCGCUCUUGGCCGCGGCGAAUUGCAGGGACGCGGUCGAGCAGCGUUUGCGCAGCCCUGGAUCCCAGCGAGGACUUCACGUGCGCCGCGAGAAUCAAGGUGAAGUCGAGUUCAGGCUUGACAGCACCACCGUGAGUAAUCAGACACGGCUUGGCGACAUCUUUGGCGAGCUGAUGGCGCACGUGGCUUUCAACGCGGUGGUGCGGCGCCGUCUCCCACCGGCCGCUUUUCUGCACGUACGUGAGUUGCACUUGAGCAACACCGGUCUGACGGACGCUGGCGCGCGUGGUCUAUGCGUGAGCGUGCGACGUGGACGGACGCAGACGGGCAUGUUGGCAUCUUUGGCGGUGCUGAACCUCUCUGACAACUUGCUCACCGUGCGCGGAUGCGUGCGGGUAAUCGAAACCUUUCUCUUGGACAGCGACGCUGAGGCUGAUGGAGAUGCGGCACGGAGCUGCCCAGCGUCGUCUGCCACCACGUCCACUGCCGGUAGGCUUGCUGUAAUCGCCCACUUAACCGCCUUGGCGCUGCAGCGCAACUCUGGCUUUGUAAGCACCAGAAGUGAUGGCACUGUCGACGGCGUCAAUGGACUCCGUGACGAUGGCACGGGGCAUCUGCAGCAGGUGUGCAUGGCGGCAGAGACGGCGGUGCUGCGGCGCGCCAGAUUGCGAUCCGCCGUGUGCUCCAAUCAGGCUCAGAGGAGCAGCACCAGCAGCGGUGCGGCGAAUGCGAACGCUGCGACUCAGGAAGAGCGGGCGCCACCUUUGACAGUGUACUUCAGCGCGCCUCCCUCGGUGGAAGCGACGCCGUCCAUCAGCAGCAGCGGCGUCGGCGGCCAGCGUCGACCAUCGGCUUCCGUACCGUCAAAGGCGAGCGUGGACGUUUUUUAUGCUGGCUGCGAUGAUGACGACGACGUGUACUGCACGUGCCCGUGCAGUCGCUUCUAUGUGCCCAAGCCUGCAUCGGCCCAGGCUGUGGAGAGGGAAGAUACCAACACCAAUGGCCCGCCCUACUUCGCGCAGCAGAAGCCGUGUUCAUCAACCGAAGUUUCACGUGCUCUGGUCGACACGGCGACCGCAUGCAAAGAUCAAACAGCCUCAGGGUUGGCAGUGCCGGAGGUGACCCGCGGCCGCUGCGGCGCUCUCGGCACUGAUGCUGCUCCUGCUGCUGGCGAGAAGCAGCAACACCACGCACAGGUCGGUCCUCAGCGCAACCUUUUCGCCGCACUGGGUGCGCCGCGCGCUGCCGCCGCUGCCGCCCCCGCGGCAGGUGGCGAGAGCCCCAACGGACUGGUCAACACGACGCCGCUUCACCAUCUGCGAAAUUUUACAAACGACAUAGAGGCUGCUGCCGCUGUCUCCGCCGCUUCAGUCUCUUCCUCGUUCUCUCCUUUUGUACCACCGCCGCCGUCCGACUCUACAUCUGAGGUGGCGGCAGCGCAGCGCAUCUCAGACUUGGCUGCCGCUGGCGUCGGUCCCUGCUUCGUGCCGCCGCAGCAUCAACAGCAGACGGCCUUGCCGUCAGGUCGCGAAAGCGGGCUCGCGGUGCCCGGUGGGUCGUCUUUUGGUGCGCUCUUUAUGAGCAAGGCAGAGGCAACCCCACCUGUGACCUUGGGGGCGCCGGCUGGCGUUGUCCUCGCCGACGCAGCGGCUGUGGUGCCUGUGGUCGCGGACGUCGACGUGGGCGCGGGCGUGAGCGACACCCUUGUGUCAACCACCGCCAAUGCAAGGCGCUUGGGUGGCCGACGUGCGAGACUGCGGCGUACUCGCGCCUUUGUGCUCUCCUAUGACCACCCAGCGGGACAUCUGCUCUGUCGUGCUCUGGGUGUUCUGCUGCGACCAGCGCCAGACCCUCUCGGCGAGGGAGCCCGUACUGCACUCGAGGAGGACCUGCUAGCGGCACUGAAGCGCAGAUGGGCAGCCUCUAAAACGCGCUCGACCUCUGAGCAGGGGGACGACGAGGGUUGUGGUGACGGCGGUGGUGCAGGCACGGCCGCGAGCGCCACCACCGCGGCGGAGUCGGUUCGCUACCUUCCUCCUGGGCUGCCCUCGGCGACCGUGGCGGAUGGCGGCGACUCGAGCCAGCGGGGGGCAGAUGCGCACUGGAUGCGCUUCGAGGUGACGACAAGCGAGCGGAAAGGGGACAUGGCGCAGCUGCUACAUGAGGUCCUGAACGUGCCGCUGUCUGAGCAGCGUGCGGUCUUUCAGCGACUCCUGCAGUUCCUUAGUCAGCACGUCACGUGUGGUGAGGAGCCGCAUGACGAGCCGAGAGCGGAGGACUUAUGGGAUCCGGUGCGUGCGAUCGAGCAAGCUGCGCGGUCAUCCGCGGCGGUGCGGGCAAGGCUCGAGAUCGCCUACGGCGGAGUUGCUGAGGCUGCAGUGCACGCGUGUCAUCGGUACUACGGCGCUGCCGAUGCGACACUCGUCCCAAUCAGUGAUGCCGGUGGUGGUGCUGCAGCGGCAACGGCUGGUUCACUGGAGGGGACCGACGGCACAGAGGGUAUCGUGCGCCUCCACCGCCUCUACUUUCCCUUGUGGAGAGAACUGGGAAUGCCAGUCGGCGACACAGCGCCGGAUGCACUGCCGCAUGCGCCUGCCUCUGUGUGCAUCAAGGAAAUAGGAGCGGAGACGCUGACCGGCAGCGAUCGACGGCCUGACGUGCUUGACAGGGCAGCUGAUGGCGGCGGCCUUUACACCUCUUUCUCCACCCCGCACAACAUCCCUUCAUGUCGAUCUUCGGAGGCCGCCGUCGCACUGUUACCGCAGCCGUCCGCCGCGACGCAUCAGCCGCGACCUCAUGUCAUCAACUUUUACGACGGAGUGGGUGGGGAGUCGAAGCUAAGUCAGCGGCAGAGCUUACCAGCAACCCUGCGACAAGGGCAAUGCGCCUGCGCCUUUGCACCUGCCGCCGCUGCUGGCGGCGAUCAAGGCAGCGCGAAGUGGACGACGAGGGGGCGCGAGGGAGCAGAGAGGGAGGAGGGCGAUGAGGGGACGUCGGUAGACUCGACGAGUGUGACCACGCCUGAGAAGCAGCUCAACCACGCCCACUGCAUCGAACUCGGUAGCGCCGCUGCGGCGCUCUCGCCAUCGCCAUUGGCGCUGGUCAAUUCGAAUGCAGAGGCGCCGCAGCGAGACUCCCCGUCGGUGGAAGUGGUGCUCGCUGACAAGCUCACGAGGCCGUCGCCGCCAGCGAAGACGCGCGAUGCGGCCGGUGCUGUCGUGGCACCGCCACUCACUCCGCAGCAUCACGUCUCCUGUGCGUCUCUUGGGGCUGCAGUGGAAGAGGAGAAGGAGCAGCAGCACGUGGACGACUUCAAUGCUGAAAGGAAUGCGCUCCGUGCCGUGACCUCUCGACUGCUCAUUGACAAGUGCAGCGACGAGGAGCGAAGCGGCAGUAGCGGCAGAACUGGAAGCCCAGCGAGGAGUGGCGGCACCCUGUUGUCACAGCCACAGCAGGAACAGUCUGAGGGGUGCCAGCGAACUCAGCCCCAGCCGGUUCACGCUGGCGCUACGGGUGUGCAAGUAGAGGAAGUGGAGGGCGAGGAGGACAUCGCCGCUGUGUCUCCGAUCCGAGUGCAGCGCCGUUCCAGCCAGCUAAUCGGCCGAGUCAAGACCUUCACGCUCUCCUACACGCACCAGGAGGGGACGGCGGUGUGCCGCGCGUGGCGGCUGCUCCACACCACUACGCACGUGUGCCGAAGCGGCAGCGCCAACUCUAACAACGGCUCGAGUGUCGCACCCGCAGACGCCGUGGCACCAAUCGCGCCGUCUUCCUCGCUGUCUCUUGCAACCCUGGCGAAGGAGGCUCAAAGGUGUCUGUGUGACGACUUCCUAGCAUUCCUGCAGCCACCCGACGAGGACGCUGAGCAUGCCGUGCUGUCUGUGUCGCUGCACUGUGAGAGCGGCGUGGCAACAGCAAUGCUUCAGGUGCAGGUGCAGACGAACGAGCGCCGCGCCGUUCUGGCGGACCGGCUGCAGCACAGCAACCAUGGCGUCCGUCGCGGUGUUGGACGCGGCAGCCGCAGCGGCUUGGUGCCGCUCAGUGUGCAGGAGGUGGACCGGUUCUACUUUCCACGUUUGACACGUCUGCUUCGCCAGUACAAGACCGUCGCCGACACGGCGGCGCAAGUGCAGGCCUUCUUGAAGCCGCGAGCGGCAGUGCAGACUCGUCUUCUGCAGAGCUACGGAAACGUCGCGGCGCUUGUGCACUACUAUCAUGGUAGCCAGGCUGCGCUGGAACACGAGCUGGGGAUCUCGUCUUGGCAGGUGCUCAUGGACCCGGCGCCACCGAGCACUGCCAGAGCGGAACAGCUGACGGAGGAGGUCACGUCCCCAACGGUGGCGGUGGACCGGGUGCUGGGACACGAGAGGGCCGCGGUGGAGGGCAACCAAGGCGGCAGCGCGCCACCAGAAGGCAGCGCCUCGAGAGGCAGAGGCGACACCGGUGGGGACGCGCCGGGCAUCUCCUUCCCUCAAGGAGCAGACGUGACGACCAGCUCACCACCGCAGCCGUCUCGCCCCACCUCAGCCGAUGGCAGUGUUACGGUUGCCACUAACCUGCAGGGCCGUCCGCCGCCCCAUCCACGCCGUCUGCCUACGCCGCCGCACGCCAUCACGCACACCAGCAGCAUCUCGUUCGAUGAGGUAACAGAGGAGCCCACGAGCGAGGCAGGCCCCGUUGUGGUGCUGCGGGGCAUGUCGUCGACCCCAGCCCCGCGCUCGCCUUCCAGCCCGCAGUCUCUCAACCCGCAGUACUUCCCUGCCGUGUACCGGCAAGCGGUCUCCACGACGCUGCCGUCGCGCACCGUCGUCGAGGACGUGCCGGGAGGAAGCGCUCUGAACGCGCCAGGUGACCGGCCGGACGGGGGCUCCGACACUGGAUUGGUGUCGCCCCUGACGGCUGUGUCCAGCGGAGUCGGGUCACCAACCUCGAAGCACCUGGGCUUGUGUCUCGAGCAGCCGGCGGCGACAGGGACGGUCGCUGCAUCGGAGAAUUCGCUCUCUCCUAUGCCCGUGCCAAACCUUGUGCGGCAGCCCACUGAAGGCAUGGAUUCGGCGGCGGCACCGGCCGCAAAGAAGGGAGACGGCAGCACGCAGUACAGACGCAGCGACGCCAGCGGUAAUCCGAACACCGCAGCCGCAUCCGCAUCGUCGUCCUCACCAUCCGUAAUGCCGACGUCUGAGACGAGGCCCGUUGGCGGCAGUAACGCGGCUGUUUCGCCGGUGCCACUGCCUCGGCUGCCGGUAGAGAACGCCUCUUCGCGGUCACUGGAACCGACCCCACGUCACCCUGGUGCGGCGGCUGGCGCGGGCAGCUCUAGCUCCGUCGUCGGGUUGGACCGAUGCAAGUCAGAGUAUGAUCGCGUGCUGGAGGGCAAGUACAAGCGUCUAAUGAGGGUCGCCUACGACGGGGUGGCCCGUGGCAGUGUCCCGCUAGACCCUCAGCAUCAGCAGAAGACCGUCAUUGGCCGUGGCAAGUGGGGCACGCAGAAGGUGGAGCUGUCGUUGGAGUGGGAGAUCUUGUUUGUGCUGACGUUUGAGAAGAGUCGCAAGCUUGGCCGCAGCUCACGGCGAGCGCAGAUGUUGGUGCACCCGGUGGGCUGCGGCUUCGAGUGCGCGGCGGGCGAUGAUCUCGUUCACACGGCCUCCAGCGGCAUCUACGGCGGUGAUACCUCCUCCCUGCACUCGUCCGCCAUCAACGGCGAGUCGGGCGACGGCGGACAUCACCCGGCAGCGACGGCAAUGUCGAAGAUACUGCGUAAGAGGGAGUCGUCCAAGCCGGCUGCGUCGCAUCUCGUCAUCACGAUCCAGCGACCGUUCACCCCGGACGAGGUCGGCUCCUCUUCGCAUGACAUGGAGGAGACGCUGAUGGCUGGUGCGCUGCUCACCGUCUCGUCGUCCUCGAAGGCGGCGUGGCUGCUCGUUGGUGGGAACGACGAGGCCAGCACCACAUCUCGAGCGAGCGCCGGCGUCAGCCAGGUGGCACACGAGUACGUGUUUCAGCUCUGCCAAUCCUCUCUCACGCUGGACAUUGAAAUGAAGAGUUCCAAGCACGUGCAGGAGGCGCUCCGCUUGUUGAAGAACAGCAUCCGACGUGCUACGCAAGCCGUGAAGAAGUCGAUGCUGAACGUGCACAUACCACCACCGUCGCGUUAG